AUGUGUUCGACCAAAUGCCGCCUCCUGCUCAGGCGGCUCCACGACCGCCAUUUCUCCACCGCCACGCCACCUAACCACCGGAAGAGCAACCCGCAAGUCACCAUCCGGUGGCCGGAGCGAUCCAAGCCCUCUCCUGAUGCCGGAGACACGGCGAGGGCCCAUGAGGCCACCGUCAGGAGGCUCGCGGCGGCGGGCGACGUGGACGGCGUCCAGUACGCGCUGCAGGAGAUGCGGCUGCGCGGGGUGGCGUGCCCCGAGGGUGCCCUCGUCGCCGCCAUCUGCGCCUUCGCCCGCGCCGGCGCGGCCGACCGCGCGCUCAAGACGUUCUACCGCGCGCACGACCUGGGGUGCGCGGCGCCCACCGUGCGGGUGUACAACCACCUGCUCGACGCGCUGCUCCGGGAGAACCUGGUCGGGGCGGUGGUGCCGGUGUACGAGAACAUGAGGGAGGCCGGCGUCGAGCCCAACGUGUACACCUACAAUCUGCUCAUGAAGGCGCUGUGCCAGAACGACCGGGUCGACGCCGCACGCAAGAUGCUCGACGAAAUGGCCAGGAAGGGCUGCCAGCCAGACGUGGUGAGCCACACGACGAUCGUUUCUGCGCUUUGCAAGUUGGGAAGGGUGGACGAGGCCAGGAGGGUCGUGGCAGAGACAGUGCCUGUGUGCUCCUCGUACAAUGCCGUUGUUCACGCGCUGUGCAGGCAGUUCAGGAUGCGGGAGGUGCUCUCGGUUAUCGACGAGAUGAUUCACCGGGGACUGCACCCAGAACCUGCUACCUACACAAGCAUAGUCGAUGCACUCUGCAAGGCUGGGGAGAUGAAGAUGGCUUGCGCCAUUUUGGCUAGGAUGGUAAGCGAAGGUUGUGCUCCAAAUGUUCAAACAUUCACUGUGUUGGUCAAAGGAUUCUUCGAUGCCGGAAAGGCGCAUGACGCGAUUGGCAUGUGGAAUUGGAUGGUGGCUGAAGGAUGGGCACCAACGACAAUCUCUUACAAUGUUCUCAUCCGUGGCCUUUGCCACACUGGUGAUCUUAAGAGGGCAUCGUCUGUUUUCAGUGGCAUGGAGCAAAACGGUUGUUUUCCUGAUGUAAGGACCUAUUCUACUCUCAUUGACGGAUUCUCCAAAGCUGGGGACCUAGAUGGUGCCAUGUCAAUAUGGAAUGACGUGACAAAUGCUGGUUUCAAGCCAAACGUUGUUGUUUAUACAAAUAUGGUGGAUGUGCUUUGCAAGAAGGCGAUGUUUGAUCAGGCAGAGAAUCUCAUUGAUAAGAUGUUGAUGGAAAAUUGUCCUCCUAACACAUUGACAUUCAACACGUUGAUCAGAAGCCUGUGUCACUGCGGAAGAGUGGGAAGAGCCUUGAGUGUGUUCCAUGGUAUGGGAAGAUAUGGAUGCUCUCCAAACGACAGGACUUACAAUGAGUUGCUUCAUGGUCUUUUCAGGGAAGGAAACUGCGAAGACGCUCUUCGAAUGCUGAUCCAGAUGCUAAACCAUGGGCUUGAGUUGACUCCAGUAUCUUACAACACUACUAUUAGUGGUCUGUGCCAGAUGGGAAGGAACAAAGAAGCUAUAAUUCUUCUCGGGAGGAUGAUAGUCCAACAAAUUCAACCAGAUGCAUUCACUUUCAAUGCGAUAAUUCAUGCUUACUGCAAGGAAGGGAAUGUCAAGGCUGCUGCUUGGAUGUUAGGUCAAAUGGUUGCAGUUAAUUGUCCACGCAACAUAGUUGCAUACACAAGUCUGAUGUCAGGGCUUUGCAGUCAGCACAGGUUGGAUGAUGCCAUGGUCUAUCUCUUGAAGAUGUUAUAUGAAGGAAUAUGUCCAAAUGAAGCAACAUGGAAUGUGUUGGUCCGUGGGAUAUUUACACACAUGGGCACCAUCGGACCAAUGCACUUGAUUGAGCAUAUUUAUGAAGAUUUAUAA